AAAAGACUGAAACAGUCUCGCUGUAUCAGUGUAUGCUUAAGCCGUGUAGGGUUUUUUUGUAACUGUUGUCAUUAUGAAGAAUAAGAAUAUAUUAAUAUGCAAUUAUUAUUUAAAUUAACCAAUUUCUAUACCAUAUAUUCCAUCCCUUUAACAACAUAUUCAAUCAUAGUCAAUUGACUUUCCGUCGCGAAGUAUUGAAAUUGUUCUGAAGUAUACGAUGGGCGUUAGUGGCAGUCGUGGUGUAUCCUGGGCCUUGGUGGGUUUAUAUGCCAUUUUACUUUUAGCAAGAUUGAUUUGCUGUUGUGAAGAUGGAACGUACUGUUCGAAAGAUUUGGGAGACUGUGUUGUAUGCCCCGAAAAACCUUUGCUUGAUUGUACUGGUGUCCAUGAAGAGGAUGUAGUCCCUUGUUUGGAAAAUUGUUUAGCACGUCCAAAGUUAGGUAAGGUACCUUGAUCGGUGUGUGCUUGAACUAUGCCUUUCAAGUGAAAGCUGAACUAUGCCUUUCAAGUGAAAGCCAUCCGUUAGGAUUAAGCCAUCCAGGAUAGCUUAUAUUGUCGAACAUUACUAAUAGAAUCAUCCCCGUGUUUUAAAUAUUAUUUUCACUAUAGUUACCCAAAGUUUAAUAUCCUCUUCUACUUGCAACAUACAAAUUGAUGAAAUUAUUAAAUUAAUGGCUUACUCAGCAUUAAUUUCUGCCACGUUUCACAUUAUCAUAUAAAUGGCUAAGACCUUGAUUUUUGGCGCAGUAAUAGCCACCGAAUUUCAUGAACGUUUGCUGUAACAUUCUAUUUUAUAAAAGUCAGUCUGAUCACGAUUUUUGGGUGACAUACAAGAAUCGUGCAAAUUGUAAUAUAGGAAAUUCCCGCUUAGUUUACGCAUGGUAACGUGGGAAAUUGCCGCUUAAUUUAUGCGUGGCAGUGUUUUUUAAACAUGAACACAAUAACGAAAUUGAAUACAUGGAAAAUCACGAAAUACUAUACAUACUAUAUUAGAUUUCUGUAUAGAUUCAGUCUCCAUCUCUGCUUGUUUUCAGAGCCAUGAAAUAAACAGAUAUGGAAGUUUGAUUAACUCAAUUGCAACAUAAUUAUUUGCUCUGUUUAACCCCAAAUGUCACUGGUACGUUGACGUUGAUCAACAACCUGUACAAUAGCUGCCGCUUUUAUUACUUGAUAGUUGCAUGCAGACAAAAGACUAAGGUAUUUUUCAACCGAGUUAAGCAUGUCCGGAAAACAACUUUAGUCAUUUAAAAAGUUCAAGAAUCCAAUGAAUUUUGUUCAGUACACUGUUUCUUAACACUCGCAUUCAUACUCUGAAUAUAAUAAAUGUAUGAGCAAUAUUGAUCAGCCCAAAGAAUAUUACCUUAACACCACGUUUGCAAGCAAAGUUCAUGCAGUCAAGGUUGAUGCAUGGGCGGACUUUUCCCGCGGUAGUGAGGCACAAUUUUUCUUUUGUUUCACAUCUGUAUAUAAUUAACUUGUGGUACAUGCAGGCAUUGUAUAUUAUGACGUAAUUAUAGAUUAAAAUGUGACUUAUUGAGGGCAUCUAUAUACCUAUUAUAUCUUUUCUUUAGCUACAACAAAACCGAAUCAUGACUAUGAAUUGCCAAAAAAUACAACGGCAAAGCCUGAACAGAGACUCACAACACAAGAACGAAAAGAUGUUCAAUACAAAACCAAUAACCUUCUGGUAGCUGUUGGGUUUGUGGUAGGAUUGUUAGUUGGAAUUAUGAUUUGUAUUUUUAUCUGCCAAAUUAAAAGUCCAAUGCGAGAAAUGGCGAGAAAGUCUGUCAAUAGGAUGUAUCUUUUUGUAUCUACAUAUCCAAAAUCAAAAGAAGAAACAUCGCCAGUAAACAUAACUGAUAAUGACUAACAUUGACAUUGUAACGAGACGUUUGGUUGUCGUGCUUAUAUAUACAAUCAGCAAUAAUUUAGCGUAACAUAGUUAAAUAAAAUUUUACCAACUGUAUUUAAAAUGUAUUGUUUGAUACGUGCGAGACAUUUUUAACCCGGGUUGAAAAUAUUUCCAGUCCAUUUCAUCACGAUUUUCAGUUCGUCCAUGCAUUGGCGUCCAACCGAUCUGUUCUAAAAGUACAUGCGACUGAGUGGACCACGAGUGGGCACAUGCAGAUGGACCACCAGUUACAGGCUACGAAUGGACGAAAUAUGUAACAAUGGUUACCAUUGAUCUGCUUAGUGAUCGAAAUAUAUAACAACCCGCAUCCAGACAUGCGCAGAGUGUAAUAGUAAAAUGUAAAUCUUAUCUCAUCUUAUCUCAUCUCAUCUCAUCUUAUCUUAUCUUAUCUUAUCUUAUCUCAUCUCAUCUCAUCUCAUCUCAUCUCAUCUCAUCUUAUCUUAUCUCAUCUCAUCUUAUCUUAUCUUAUCUUAUCUUAUCUUAUCUUAUCUUAUCUUAUCUUAUCUUAGUGCUCAAACGCCCACCCCGAGGUCAGUGUGCACAGAAAUGCGUUCACACAAACAUAUAUACUUUUGUGCAGGCAAAAUUCAAUUGAUCACGUGACUUCAGUUACCAUUAGCAUUUCCUUAUUUGUACAGAUCACUUCAAUUUUCAAAGUGUUCGGGAAUCAGUUUUUCUUCUUUAUUAUAUAAAACAAAUAGAAAACAUUUUGCCGUUGCCUGGUCAGUUAUAUUGACGCACAGUAUGACAUCAUAAUGUGGUAAGAAUGUCAUUGACCCACUCGUCCUAGCGACUUUUGGUCCACUUUUUUGUGAACUUCUUACCACGUUAUUACUGAACAGACAACGGCUUUCUGUUUGUUAGAUUGCACAAUUAUUAGAAACGAAGUCAUGAGGAAUUUCCUGUUAGUGUUAGUGUUAGAUUAUUAUAUACUAUUAAUAUGUUAUUAUAUACAACAUUAAUGUUAUGAACUUUCUACCAUUUGUUUAUCCACGAGCAUAAUUUCAAUCACAACGUUUGUAUUUAUUAGCCGGAAAUUUUUCCCAUGGCUUUAAUUUCCUUACGAAAUGUACGCGAUUAUUUUUACUUCCAGCGCAUUUUGGUUGGCUGAAUUAAAAUAAAGUGAGGUGAUGGGCGGUAAACCACUGAAUUGACAAUUGUAUCAGGUGUUAAUUUCCCAAGAACUAUUAGACGCUUUUGCGGUUAUAUCAAUAUACUGACUAUCUCAACAAAUACACGUAUCAGCACAGGGGACUCAACUACUGUCAGUAACAAGUGUAAAAUAAUGAAAAUAAUAAACGUACUUUAAAAGAUUUGCAUAAAUUCUUCGCAAAAAUGUCGACAUGAAUCACCGAUAUAGUCAGUGAUAUGAAUGGAGAAAGAGCAAAAAAAAAUAACCUAUAUGAAGUACUAUAUAAUCCUCAACAGCCAGGUAAGUAAUGCGGGCGCGUAUGAGGUAAUAGCAUAAUUAAUAAUGGAUGAAGUAGUGCAUUCAGAUUUUAAAAAUAGCCGUGAUUUGUUGGCGCCGGUAUAGA